AUGAACUUCAUCUUUAUCCCUUGUUCCAAGACAUGUCCCCACAACUACCAUUCUUCAUAUAAUCACCAUGCCCCACGAACAGGCCAAAAUAAACACCAUGAUCCAAGUAGCUUCAUGAUUCAUUUACAUGAUACAAGCACAUUAAAAACUUGUAUGAAGUACAAAAGAAAAACAUCAUGUUCAAGCAUAAGGAGAUUCAAAUAUAUUUCAAAAGGGCAUCACAUAUACUUUGCUAUCCAAGUCAUGUUCAGUAUGAUUAAAUGCAGCCCAAAGGGAAAUAGCAAGCGGUUCAUCUACAUCCAUACAAAACCGAAAAUACUUAAACCAACACAUUCAUUCAAAUUCAUCACCUUCUCGCUUCAACUGUUGUUAAUUGACAAAAUCCAAAACCAAAGCUAA